CGACGUUUCUUUGACUUGGCCGCGUUAAGAGUAUGGCAAUAGCUAAAGAGCUAUCGUUAAAGAAAGAAAAACAAAAAGGGUAGUAAGUGGAGUCUUUCCACGAAAGCGAUCGAUUAUCCAGUGAUCGCGAGGCUCCGAUUCGCAGCAGGCGUUGUCGCGGCGUGAGAGGCGAAUCCAGUCGCGCCAUUGGCUCGCUUCUCCUUGGUGUAGUAGCAACGGCCAACGGCAAUAGCAGCGUUAAAUACCAAAUACCAAAAUUAAGUAAUUGUUAAAAAAACCAAAGUUUCGCGCUUCCGAAUUCGUGUUCCGAUUGUCAUCGCGGUGCGUCAAAGUGACUUUUUUCAAGUUUCAGAGUGGGAGGACAGGUCUGUCUCGAGCGCGUUUGAGAACGCGUGUCGUCCAAGAUGGCUACCGCCGGCAACGCGUCGUCGGCCGGCGGCGAAUCGAAUGCUGCCGAUAGUAGUAACGUUCCUCAAUGGAAAAGAGAUCUGAUAUUACGGCGAAGACAACAAAAUAAAGUUCUCUUAUCGAGCAACGGAGCAAACGUUAAAUUCUUAUCAACGGAGGGCGUUGAUGUCUCGGUAGUAGUUUGUCGUCAAGAACAACGUCAGGAUACGUCAUCGACGACGACGACGACAACGAGAAUGAAGACGGUAACAACUACUACUACUACUAAUACUACACGCGAGGAAGAAAAAUCCCGUAGUGGCAUUUACGAAACUGGUACUAUUAUUCUUGCUGAUGCUGCUAGUGGUGUUAGUAGUGGUGGUACUGAGGGCGGAAUGGGCAGCCUUCCUAUCCCCACUACAAUGGGUUCACUCGUCGGUAGAGAGCUCGCUAGUGGCGCCAACCUUUUCUUUAGCACUAAUAACUGCGAAAAUGAUUCAGUGGCGUACAACAUGCGUCUCGAGGCGGAUCUUUUGCUUUGCUCCGAUUCGGAGGAUGUAAAUGGCAGUGGUAGUGGUGCUACUAGUGGUGGUUCGAUUAAAUCCACGGAUAUAGAAAGAAAAAUGGAGCACGGCCAAGACGAUUAUGAGAGCGAUGAUAAUAUACUCGGGACGAGGAGGACACGCGACGUCGGCAAUAACCUAUUCGAAGAAUUUCGUAGUAAUACAACGAGCAGCACGGUCAGGGCCGCCUCCACCGCAGCCGCCGCCGACGCCGAAAGCGAUAGCUCCGAGGAAUUGCAGUACGGCCCUGGGAUCGUGAAUAAACUUAAAAGUAAAUAUCUUAAUCUCGCUCUUAGGGAAACAAACAAAAGUCGAGCUACGGUACAACGUUUUCGACGUGCUGCUAGUUUGGAAGAUUUACUCGAUCGAGAGGAAGAAUCGUCGACGAACGAGAAGAACGCGACUAUUGUCGUUUCCGAUAGAAAGUACGCUAAGAGAAACGUUGCCGGGCAAACGAGCAAGACAACCGGUGGUGACAGAUAUCGAAAUGCUAGUCGCAGUAACGAGACGACGAUGAAGCGUGCCAGGAGCGUCGAAACUCUUGUUAGGUAUAAUGUUAAUUCCUCCUCGAUCGAUGAUUCGAAUCUUAUCAAAACGAGCACUAACGCGAGGAUCGCGUCUAGGCAGGAGGAUCCCAUUAACGAUCACAUUGUUCUCGUCGAUAGGAGCACCGUCAAAAUAGAAAGUCGACUGAGCGAUAUAGUAGAUCGACCCAAGGCAACAAACAAACCGAAAAGAAUCAAGCCAGUUUUGGCAGAAACUGAACGGCCUCCACCCGAUCUAGUCAAGACGACAAUGCGCAUAUUCGAAGGAUCAGCGAAAAAGUUGAAGCCUAAGGGAGACGUCGCUGCUAAGGUAGCGACCUUUAAGACGAUCAACGAUACCUUCAAAGCGCAGAAUCAAAAAAAGGUACUACCUAAACCACCGUUACAGCCUAAACCCUUUGCCAAUGGUAAUACUAGGACAAAUACUAUUACUAAUUCCUCGUCGCCGAAGAAAAUUAUCUUGCCUCAAAAACCAACGGCAGAACUUAUAGAGAAAGACGAGGAGUUUCAUUUCGAUGGUGUUAUCACCGAUCCUAUAGUACAAUCAGUUUCUUCUGUAGUGAGCAAGUUUCAGAAGAUCGAAAAGUCUCACUCACCAUCACCCUCGCCGGAGCCUACCUUCAACAAGCUUAGGUAUUCUCCAGCACCAAGUCCAGAACCUCAAAAUAGGUCAAAACUUUGUGCUCUCGAGAUAGGUAUUAAAUCUCCUCCUUUGACUCCUCUAUUGUCACCAAGGAUCUCUCCUCCAGCUGCUCAGAGUCCAUCUUCGCCUAUCAAAGAUGCCAAUAUUCCUCUACUUCAAAGUUCCAGUCCGAUUCGUAAGUCCAGUCCGAUUAAAGAAAAUUUGGAAACUAGUAAAAUUAUUCAAACACGUACUCGACAAGCUGAAAAAGAAAUGAUCUUGUCUACAAGACAAAGGUUACCAAGUCCUAAAAAAAGUCUAACCACCGACUCGUCAAUUCCAAAGGAUCUUUCUAUUGAAGAGUUAGAACCGGAAAUAAUAGAAGUAGAAAGUCAGGAAGAAGCAGAAGCAGAAGUUGAGAUAGAAGAAGAGGAGGAGAGUGAGGAGGGGGAGGAGAAGGAGGAAAAAGAAAUAGAAAUAGAAAAAAGCAAGGAUGUGGAAGAUGGGCCAAAAACAAUUUCUUCCUCAGCUUUAGACAAUAUUAGCAAAGCUGGUACAACCAUGCAUUUUAGGUUCAAAGAUGAAUCCAACAGGGAGAAGAAUUACUUGCCAGGUGUUAAACAAUAUGGAAGUCGAAAAGUCGAGGAAAAAGCAACGAGUGUUGUAUUGAAGGCUAAUACCUGUGAUAUCAAAACUGCUGGAACUCUUCGGGAUCAGGAAAUAGCUUCGAGACUUUUUCGUGAGAAAUUAGCUAUAGAUAAGGAUGAAAAGAAAAAGAAUGAGGGCAAUGAUGAAAUUGAGGAGAAGAAGAAGGCUGACAACAAACCUCCAAAGUCUGCUAGCUUAAUCAGUUCUACCACUACGACGUCCUAUUCUCAGGGUAAUGAAUCUAAAACGAUAAGGUGUCAGAAAAGUGAAUCGUCUCCACCCCAAAAACAAAUUGGUAUUAUAAGACCGCUUGUGUCCACUAAAACUCAGCUUCCUCAGCAGAAUCUAAGCAAUCGCGAGUUAGAGAAAAAUCUUAUAAAUCGUGUUAAGAGUAUAGAACAACCAACAAAAGUCGUAGUUAGUUUGAAGAGUGCUGAUGAGAUACAGCCAACAAAAAAGUCAACUCCCACUGUUGGUACUGGUAUUGGUACUUGUACUGGUACUGGUACUGGGACUGGUGGUGGUGGUGGUGGUGGUGGUUGUGGUGGUGGUGGGGGUCUUUGGGAUGCCAAGCCAUGGAAUCAGCAGAACAACACAAUGGUCUUCAAUUUUAGCAACAGGAAAGACGUUCCUGAUUAUAUAGAGAACGAUGGCCUUAUUAUCAAAAGGAAACGCGAGAAGUCAAAGGUUGGAGACGGUAGCAUCAUAGUUCUCGACGCUACUUUAGAUGCUUCGACGACUGACGAUUCUGAAUGGGAACUUUCGGGUGGACCACCGUCCCCUUGCGACGUUUCUUUUCUCAAUGAUAAUAUUCUUAUCAAUGGUCGUAGCAAUUUAUCGAGAACGCCGAGAAAUCACAAGCAUCGAAUACAAUUCGACGAUAUGGCAACACGCACCUUUGAAUAUCCAAGCGAGGCUUCCAUGUUGGAGGGUGAGAGCAAUAUUAUAGAUAACGAAAGCUCAACUUCCGGAGAGCAAUCUACGCAGAUCACUAAUAAAACGUCAACGGCCGGUUCAACGACGAGCAUCCCGUCGCUUCUUGGAGGCGGUGGUUUAGCGAGCUAUACACCAAGCAAAGUGGAUUUGGCAUCCGAGAGCUUCGAGUUAGGUGUCACCAGAGCUACGUUGACAACGGGCAGCACAGGCUUGACUACUACAAAUAAUGCCAAUGGCAAUGAUCAACAGCAGCAAGGGCAAAACACAAGCGAGGUUGACUACUUGAAACCUGCUCAAGAUGGCAAUGCGUGGGGUUCAGAAACGACCGGUGAUCUUCUCUAUUGAAUAACCGAUGAACACCGGUGAAGAAAAAGAAAGAAACAUAGGAGAAAGAUGAAACCGUUCAAGAGCCCAAAAGAAAAAGGGAAAUUAUGUUGAAAUAUUUUCUGCCUCUCUCUUUCUAUAAGUUUAUAUAUAAAUAAUAUUUUCCACAAGGAUUAAGGAUAAAAAAUAUAUGAGAAAAGAUACAGAAAAAACGAUUAGGUGGUUCAAAGAGAUAACCUUAUUGAUUAUGGUUGUGAAAAUCAAUUGAAGAAUUGUAUUGUAAUGAAUUUUGUAAAUGAAUUUUGUUCUUUUUUUCAUGGGUUUAAUUACUACGACGUUUAGACGUUUAAUUAAAUUCAUAAAAGAAACAAUAUCAUUCCAAGUUUAUGCAUUUAUAUAUCUUAUUCUUACGAUAUAUCGCUAAGCGAACGGAUAACUUUCCUAAAGAUAACGAAUCAUCGAUUACUGCCAAGAUAUGUUAGUACUUGUUCUAAAUAUGCCGCCUUAAAAAAUGACCAGCUAAUGAACGACAAUGCCUCUUCAUCAAGACAUUUACAGUCGUGUCAGAUAUUAUAUGCAAAGAGAAAAUAAAAUCAUAUCACAUUUUGGGCGCAUUUUAUAGGUAUAUAUAGUAUAAAGAAUAUGCAUAUAUAGUAAUAAAGUUGUUAGGGAGAACUGAAAGUUUUGUAACCUUUUUGAGAUUAUUUUACCGCUGAGCUGCAAAUAUUUAAGCUGCCAAUCGAAAAUCGGAAUUUUAUGCAAACGUUUUUAGAAAAUACAGAGAAAAAUUAAAACAAACAAAAUUAUAAUAAUAAUAAUUAAAUGUCAUAGAAAGGUGUAUGAUUAGGAAGUUGAGAGAAGGGGAGAUAUAUUUAAUAAAAUCGAAAAAAACGAAACACCAAGAAAUAUACCGAGAUUUAGAUUUGUAAAAGUUUUUUGCCAAAGUAGAACGUAAGUCUACUUAGAGUAUAUACUUAUCAUAUAUGUACAAUAAGUCACUGUCGAUUUACUACUGAAUUCAUAAGAAUUGUAAGUCGAUAAUGGGGGAAAAAAGAAAGAAAAAAAGAAAUUCACUAUUUCACAUUAAAUGAUCAUUUUAAAGCGUAUUGGGAACGCGCCUCGUACGUAAUUGAACUUAAAUCGUAUUUCAAUGAAAGUAUGUGAUUUCAUUUAGAAUUUCAGUCAGCUUUUUGUUUAUCAUAUGCGGACGAGGACCAAAAAUAAUGGAAUAAGAGAUUUAAAAAAUGUAUUGGUUCAUUAACGUAAGAUUAAUUAUUAAAAAAAAAAAAUAUUAAGUGAAAAGAAUUAUGUAUAUACUAAAUUAUUAUUGGUCUUAUGAUGAGCAUUUAGGUUCGUGAUAUCCAUUCUCGAAAUUUAGAGAGGGAAAAAAUUAAGCUAGAUUAAGACCGAUAUUCUAUGUAUUUUUAUUUCUUCUAAUCUAAUAAUUUAUGUUCAAAAUAUUAAUGUACCACAUGUAUUCUGAACGUUCAUUUUUGAAUCGUGUAAGUAUUUAAUGUAUUAUUGAAGCACUACUUGGUAUAGAUAAUCUUUACUUGAUUGCGUUAUCGCGGACUGAUUCAAGCAAAUAAAUACAAUAUAAAGGAUAAUAAUUUAUUGAAAGGUACAUUUAUUGUUUGUACUGAAUCGUUCUCGCGUUUUGUGCGUCUGAAAUAGCUAUUAAUUAGAUACUGUAAUGGAUCUUCAACUAUUUUGUGAUGUAAUACUUUUAUUUAAUUGCCUAUGUAUACACAAGAUCCAUAAUUGGUGGAUCAUUGUCACAGCGUUGUGCUUACACUGUGAUACUCUUGUUACUCUUCUAGUAUUCGAUAGUAAUUUUCAAAGGAAAUGCUUGAAAAAAAACAAGAGCAAGUCGAAGACUAGCGUUAUGUCUGCAUGAUAUCGAUAACUGCGCCGAUUUAGGAAGAUCGUACGCGUAGCAUUCCAAAUUUAAUGACAAAGUAUUGAUUUAUAUCCUUUUUGUAAAGUAGAUUUUAAUCUCCUUAUUACAAUUGGGAGAACUCCGUAAUAUUUCUGUAAAUUAUAUUUGUACAAUAUGAGCAAGUAUGAUCAUCAGAGUCCAUAUUGUUACACAAGUAGCAUUUAUGAUCAUCCCUAACAUUUGACGCUUGAAUUCACAUUACUGCAUUAUCAAAUAUAUAUAUAUACUUAUUAAUUAGAAAUAUCGUGUGAUGUAUAUCGUAUGUGUGUCAAAAUAUUGAAAUAAUAAAAUGAUAUAAGUAUGUCUU